UUCUGAGUGUUUAAUGAUUGCUGUUCUUCUUUCUUUUGUUGGUUUGUUGAGAGUAGUUCCCAGCUAAAACUGAGCAUGAUAAAUUUCUCAGUUUGCUUCUGAAGAAGCUCACCCAACUCCUCAAUUGCUUCAUUUCUGAGGAAAGGAACUUCAUUUCUACUUCACCAGCUGCCUUUGCGAUUUCCAGACAACACUAAUGGCAAAGACAGGAUACAAGCUACAGGAAUUUGUGGCUCAUUCAGGGAAUGUAAACUGUUUAAAGAUUGGAAGGAAAGCGAGCCGCCUUUUCAUUACAGGAGGGGAUGAUCACAAUGUCAAUCUAUGGAUGAUUGGAAAAGCAACCUCUUUAAUGAGUUUGUGUGGUCACACUACUACAGUUGAAUCUGUGACUUUUGACUCAGCAGAAAUUUUGGUUCUUUCUGGAGCAUCAUCGGGGGUUAUAAAGCUUUGGGAUUUACAGGAAGCAAAGAUGCUUCGCACUCUUACCGGACACAGAACCAAUUGCACUGCUGUUGAGUUUCAUCCCUUUGGAGAAUUUUUUGCAUCAGGCUCCUCAGACACUAAUCUAAAUAUUUGGGAUAUCCGAAAAAAAGGAUGUAUUCAUACAUACAAGGGCCAUAGCCAGGCCAUUAGUACUAUCAAAUUCAGUCCAGAUGGUCGUUGGGUUGUUUCUGGUGGAUUUGAUAAUGUUGUGAAGGUCUGGGAUCUAACCGGUGGAAAGCUCUUGCAUGACUUCAAGUUCCAUGAAGGACACAUUAGGUCCCUAGACUUCCAUCCUCUUGAGUUUCUUCUGGCUACAGGUUCGGCAGACAGAACAGUGAAAUUUUGGGAUUUAGAAACCUUUGAACUGAUUGGAUCCAGUAGACAUGAGGUUUCAGGGGUAUGGUCACUAACUUUUCAUCCGGAUGGACGGACCCUUUUUACUGGACUUGAGGAUAGUUUGAAGGUGUAUUCAUGGGAACCUGUCAUAUGCCAUGAUGCUGUUGACAUGGGAUGGACAACACUUGGUGACUUAUGUAUUCAUGAUGAAAAGCUUUUGGGUUGCUCAUUCUACAGUAAUUCUGUUGGAGUAUGGGUGUCAGAUAUUUCGCUUAUCAAGCCAUAUGGUGAUGGCUUGGAAACUGAGAACAAAGAAAGCACAGAGCAGAAGCUCAGUCUCCAGGGAAGACAAAUGGAGAAAGUAGAAUAUGGUGUGGACAACGAGUCAAAAGAGAUAAAGAAUAUAUAUAUAGACUCUUCUGAAGGGAAUCCUGAUCACUUACUAAGAUCCAGGUCCUAUAAUUCUCCAAAAAUGGAUCAUCUCGAGGAAUCUAAAGAAAUGUUAAACUUGAGUUCUGCAACAAGAGUUCGAGCAAAAUCAAAUGAACAAACUCUUAGAAAGUCUUAUAUCGUGUCAAACGUUGUACCUCUGGACAUUCUCAAUGAUAUUGAUUUUAGAGAAUUUGUUGAUACUAUAAGGAACUCUGACAGUGCAACAGAUCCUAACUUCGAAAUGAAUGAAGUCAGAGACUCUAUUGAUGAUAAACAUCCUAUUGAGAGUGUCGCAGAGAAGUUUGAAAAAACUUUAACACCAGAUGGAUUUUCUGAACAAGAGAAAUGUAAUCAAUCCUCUUCUUACAGCAACGCCAUUAAUCCAGUUAAAUAUGCCAAUGGAGUUGCUGUUGUACAAGGAAGGACACGUUCUUUGGUUAAGAGGUUUGAAAGAAAGGAAAUAACUCCAACCAAGGAAGAUCAAGAUAAUGCAACUCCCACGACAACAGUUGAAAAUAGGGAAAUUUUUCUCAAAGAAGAUCAAACUAAUGCAUCCCCCAUCACUACCACCUCAACAUCUGAAAAGGGGGAAAUAAUUCCUUUCAGCGAAGAUAAAAAGAAUAUGCCCACUGUUCCCAACACAACUAGUGAAACUGAUAGGCAUAUUAACUUCAUGAAAGCAGAGUUUGGAAGGGAUUCAAAUCCUGCAAAUGAUGGAGAAAUAAUUGAAGAUCUGUUGCAAACUCAUGAUGUAACAUUAAGCAAUCUCCGGUCACGUUUGACAAAAUUACAGGUAGUGCGACAUUUUUGGGAGCGCAAUGAUACUAAAGGUGCCAUCAAUGCUUUGGAAAAGCUGCCUGAUCAAUCUGUUCAAGCUGAUGUUAUCAGUGUCCUUGUUGUGAAGAUGGAGAUUCUCACCUUAGAUUUAUUUUCUUGCUUACUUCCGGUGCUCACAGGUUUGCUGGAUAGCAAGACAGAAAGACAUGUGAAAGUGUCAUUGGAUAUGCUGUUGAAGCUUGUUGUUGUUUUCGGUCCAACAAUACGUUCAACUAUUUCAGCUCCUCCCUCUGUUGGGGUUGAUCUACAUGCGGAACAAAGGCGAGAAUGCUCCAAUCAGUGCUUCAUGCAACUGCAAAAGAUCCGAAUGAUUCUUCCAAUAUUAGUAAGGAGGGGUGGCGUAUUGGCCAAGACUGCUCAAGAGCUAAAUUUAGUUCUUCAACAACCUUAACUAAAGGUGCUGUCAUAUGAACUUCAACCAACAUAUGAAUGAUUGGUUUGACUCAACAUGAUCGUGUUUAGUGGUGGUUGUCAUCAGAUCUGUUUAGUGGCAGAAAAUUCUAACAAAUGACAUGUGUGGGAUAUCUGAAUAAACUGUUUGACCUUGUGUUUAGAUGCUUGAAGGUGGAAGGGAAGCAGUCAUCUAAGUAAUUUGUUCUUCAGCUCUGCUCUAGCUUUUUGUUCUUAACAUGUGCUGGUCUUCACCUUUAUGUUUCCUUUCUCAACUGCAUUUAGUAGCUGUGCAAAAUUCUAUAUGUAUGCAAUAUUUAAUGAAGUGAAAUGUGUCAUUUUCAUGAACCAAGUACUCAAGCUUCAUCUGUAUUGAAAAAUGGAGUGAUCAGAAAUUACAAAAUGUGAUGCUAACUAGAUUUA